CAUAAUUAAUGUACCAAUUCUCUUCAUCAGUACCUCAAAAGCCUUCAAAUUUGUCUUCUCCGCAACUUCCCAUCUACACCAUUCCUUUUGAUUUCACUCUUUAACCUUCAAAAAAUAUCAUCUCAUCAUCUCGCCAUUUCCCCAAAGGAAUUAAUUCAUCUUCAGAAUCACCCAUGGAAGCUGCGACAAUCACCUCUUCUCUUCAUCUACUUCACCUUCCAACCACUCUCGUCAAGCCGCCGAGAUCGAGAUUAUUAUCGUCCAAUAAUUUCAAGAUCACCACGACGCAACGAAAUGUGUUCAGGAAUAACUGCGGAUCACUCCACACGGCUAUGGCGUCCGACGACGUUGUGACUUCGGAACGACGGAAGAUGGAGGAGGAGAAGUUUGAUUGGUUUUCGGAGUGGUAUCCGGUGAUGCCGGUGUGCGACUUGGACAAGAAAGUACCGACUGGGAAGAAGGUUUUGGGGUUGGAUUUGGUGGUGUGGUGGGAUAGGAAUGAGAAUGCGUGGAAGGUGUUUGAUGAUAGUUGUCCUCAUAGAUUGGCGCCGUUGUCGGAAGGGAGGAUCGAUCAAUGGGGGAGGUUGCAGUGUGUGUACCAUGGAUGGUGCUUCAAUGGCUCGGGUGAUUGUAAAUUCAUCCCCCAAGCGCCCCCUGAUGGCCCUCCGGUGGAAUUGGCGGUUAACAGAAGCGCACUUUUGUCGGUUCACUCGUCCAAGAAGGCAUGUGCCGCUGUAUAUCCGAGCACGACGCAGAACGGCAUAGUGUGGUUCUGGCCAAACUUGGACCCCAAAUUCAAAGAUAUUAUUAUGGAGAAGAAACCUCCCUUUAUUCCGGAGCUAGACGACCCAUCUUAUGUCAAGUUAGAGGGGAAUAGGGAUAUGGCAUACGGGUAUGAGGUACUGAUUGAAAAUCUUAUGGACCUUGCCCAUCUUCCAUACGCUCACUACGGGAUAAUGCCAGCCCCGCCACCAAUGAAAAACAGAGUGAACACUGACAGGGAACGUGGCAGACCGCUUGAAAUGGUCGUUGAAAAGUUGAAAGCAGAUGGUUUUGUUGGCAAAGACGAAACGCUCCGUCACAAAUUUUUUGCACCUUGUGUCUAUUAUUACUUCACUGAUCCAGAGCUGGUUCAAGGAAAUGUAGAGAGCAAGAAGGAUGGAUCUGUAUCGUCAACUGCAAAUGUAAAGAAACCGCCAACUGAAAUCUCGAGAAGAACAUUCUUGGCUUUUUUCUGCAUCCCGGUUAGUCCAGGUAAAAGCAGAUUGAUCUGGGCCUUCCCUAUUAACUUGGAUAAAUGGGUACAUUUUAUUGUCCCACGAUGGAUUUUUCAUAUAGUACAGAACUUGAUUCUAGAUUCAGACAUGUAUCUUCUUCAUGUUGAGGAGCAUAAAUAUGAGGAAAUAGGCACUUCCAAUUGGCAUAAAGCUUGUUAUGUGCCAGUAAAAUCAGAUGCUUUCGUUGUUGGAUUUAGAAGAUGGUUGAACAAGUAUGCUGGUGGUCAAGUUGAUUGGGGAGGCAAAUAUUCUGGCUCCCUUCCUUCACUUUCUCCUAGAGCACUAGUGUUAGAAAGGUACUGGAGCCAUGUGGUGAAUUGCAAGAGCUGCAAUGGAGCAUAUAAAGCUCUAAAUAAAGCUGAGGUGAGUCUUCAGGUGAUCUCCAUAGCUGCAAUUGGAGUUUUGGCAUUGACACAAAAUGGAGUAAUUUCAGCAAAAGUUAGAGCCACCAUUUUCAUCAUUGCAAUAGUCUGUUUUGCUGCUUCAAAGUGGUUAUCCCAUUUCAUUCAAGAAACUUUCCGCUUCCGUGACUACAUUCAUGCCUUGGUUUGACUCUUUUCUUCUUGUCUUUCUUCAUGAACAACUCACUUAUAUUCUAUCUUGUACAUAUUCAAAUCAUCAAGUUCAAUAAGCCGAUCAUAUCGACAAAGUUGAAUAUUCGUAUUUUAUUUGCUAAGUUGUAUUCGAAUUGACAUUUUUAGAAAGAUUCAAGUUUGAAUUAUUUUUUUUAA